CGGACCGCAUCCCGGCACCGCGCGUCCGGCCGGCCCUGCUGCAGCGCGCCCGCCAACAUGGACGAGGAGCGGGGUUUAGACCUGAGUCACUGCUGUCUGCUCUGUUACCUCUGUGUGUAACACCAUCAACAACUAUGGAGACUCUGCAAAGGAUUGUCAAUACUCUAGUGAACAAAAAUGAUGAAAUUCACAACUUCAUUGACAUGCUGAACCAUACAAUAGCAAAUGUUCAGGUAAACUCUUCCAAUGCCAUCAGUGAGCUGGAUGAGGAGUUUGAUGGUCUGUAUUCUGUACUGCAUGAGAUGAAGGGGAGCAUGACCAACACUAUUCAGCAAGAAGAGGCUCGUAAAAUUCAAGCUCUGCAGGAUCAGCUGAGCCAGUGCAGCCAUGCCCUGGAGAGCUCAGAAGAGCUGCUGGAACUUGCUGUACAGUCGCUGAACAUAAAGAACCCCGUGGAGCUCUUAGAGGCUGCCAGACAGAUCAAAGAUAGUGUCACAAUGGCUUCAGCAUUCCGCCUCUCUCUGAAACCAAAAGUCAGUGACAGUAUGACUCACAUGAUGGUGGACUUCGCCCUGGAAAAACGUAUGCUCCAAGCUGUGAAGUUUUUGCCAGUCCCUAAAGCUCCAGAGAUAGACGUAGCAGCAUGUCUGGUUGCUGACAACUGCAUAACAGUAUCGUGGAGAAUGCCUGAAGAGGACAGCAGAAUUGAUCAUUUUGUGCUGGAGUAUAGGAAAACCAACUUUGAUGGGCACCCUCGACUAAAAGGGGAACAGCACUGGGAGCUGGUUGACUACAUUAAAGCUACUCAAUACACAUUAUCAGGUCUGAAAUUUGAUACAAAAUACAUGAACCUUAGAGUACAAGCUUGCAACAAAGCUGUGGCAGGUGAAUACUCUGACCCUGUGACUCUGGAAACCAAAGCAUUUUUGUUCAGUUUGGACAGUACUUCAUCUCAUCUGAACUUGAAAGUUGAAGAUGCCUAUGUGGAAUGGGAUCCUACUGGAGGCAAAGGCCAAGAAAAAAUAAAAGGGAAGGAAAAUAAAAACAGUGGCCAGAAUCCUCUGCUGAAGAGCAAUAGAAGAAGCAACACAGCAUCUCCAAAGAGAUCCACUAACAGCCCAAGAGCCUCAGUGAGAAGUAGCCGGGAUCGCUUUGCUGGUGAAUCCUACACAGUGUUGGGAGACACUGCUGUUGAAAGUGGGCAGCAUUACUGGGAAGUGAAAGCCCAGAAGGACUGCAAAUCCUACAGCGUGGGAGUGACGUACAGAAACCCGGGGAAGUUUGACCAGCUGGGAAAGACUAAUUCCAGCUGGUGCAUCCAUAUCAACAAUUGGCUGCAAACCACAUUCUCAGCAAAGCAUAACAAUAAAGCAAAGACUCUAGAUAUCCCUGUCCCAGACAGAAUAGGAGUAUACUGCGACUUUGAUGGAGGUCAGCUCUCAUUUUAUAAUGCAAGUUCAAAGGCAUUGUUACACACCUUCAGAGCAAAGUUUACCCAACCAUUGCUACCUGGCUUCAUGAUAUGGUGUGGUGGGCUCACAGUGAGUACUGGAUUGCAGGUGCCAAGUGCUGUGAAAACUCUUCAGAAGAGUGAAAAUGGAUUGGGUGGUUCAACAAGCAGCCUAAAUAAUGCCUAGUAAUGUCUGUUCAACACUUCUACUGCUGAAUGUUUUUUGUUUUUCUGUGUAACUACUACUCACAGAAGCUUGUGAGCAUUGGAUUUUAUUGGGUUUGCUACCUUCUGCUGUUUAGGGCCUGGGUACUGAUAGUGGAAAAGUUUGGGGCUAAAGCAUUAGGAACCAGUACUGAGAAUCCAGAAAAAUGUCAGAAAGCUGAACUGUUGCCUAUUUAAAAAAAAAAAAAAAGAAACCAAGAGCUGUAACUAUGUACUUUUCUAAUACUGUAUUCAAACAUUUUGUUACGGACUUCAGUAUUUGUUUUGUUACAAAUACUAUUCUUCUAUGAAGAGUAUAGCAAAUACCAUUUUUUAGCUCUCCUAAUGUGAAUUACUUAACUAUGUAUUUAAUUACUACUGGGCUUCCCAUUAGAAGUUGUGAUUUCCAAGAUGUGUGUUGAAAACAGCAUGAUUUGCUUGAUAAUUUGUUUUGCUGGUGUAGCCUGGCAAAGUACCACAGCAGCAUGGUUUCAGAACAAUAUUAUAAGAAUGUUUAGGCCCAGUAUGAGGAAACAGUAAGAGCAGGCUCUGAUUAUUUCCCCCAGUGGUGUAAAAUCUUCCUAUUUUCCACGGGUAAGUCAUUUUUAAAACCAUGUAUAUCAAUACUGGCUCCCUUUUGUCACUAUUACAUUAAUUGCAUUGUAAUUACAUUAGAAAAUUAUGUACAGAUGUUCUGUUGCCUUGACUCCUAUUUGCAAGCCUAGUAAAACAGUAGUCAAAUGAUUCAUAGUAAUGGGAGGGCUAAAAAAAGAAAAAAGUCAUGUUAUAUUCUUUGUGGAAAAUCCCAGCUUGUCAGUGGUAAUUACUAGGUUAUUAUAGGCUUUUAAAAUCUGCUUUCCUCUCUCUAAUCAAGCCAGGAGCCUAUAAAUAGUUUCCAGGUACACUCUUGAAUCAGGUAUUUCCUAACUGAAGAUUUUCUGGUAUCACCUGAAAACUUUUAUAAAUUCAUGGUCCAUAAUGAUUUGGCUCAUUUGCUGCUGGGACAGAACAAUUUUUCCUUUCAUGUAUCCUUUAGCUCAUAAAACCAUGAACAUCUAAUUGUGUUAAACCUAAGUAUUACCAAUGGCUUUCUGUCCAUCACAAUUUCUCAAAAGAAGGAGAAAUUCCUUGAGACACCUUCUAAUAGACUGGCUACGAUGUUCAGUGGAAAGUUAAAAUUAACAAGGAAAUGUAAUUACCUGUUCUUGAAAGUGUUAUUUUUCUUGAGGAAUCAUGAAGUUGACAGGUUGGCUGAGCCCUAAAUGUUUAUUUUGUCUGGAACUUGAGCAUGUCCUCAUUAUUUGCAUUGUGAAUUUGUAAUCUCAUUUUACAGAGGAAAGUACAAAAUAGUUCCCAGUUUAACUGUACCUUCUUCUGCCUGUUCUAUUGCUUGGGCUUUGGGACAAAGAUAUUCAGAAGUGAUGUGGUUCUUGGUCAACAGUAUCUGAAUCUGUUUCACACUUUAUCUGCAGAUGUUACCAUUAUGCAAAUACUCUGUAUAAUCUUUUCUCUUUUCAUUUUACUGCAAUGGACACCUGACUAGGAGUUCUUGGGGAUAAAUUGCUACAAACUCAGUUUUGCAGCCAGUUCUAGUCCGGGGCUGUGGUGGACAGACACCAGGACAGACUGGCACCUACUUAUCACCAUCUAUCUACCUGUCUUGAUCUUGGGUGUUCAGCUGCAGUUCCUCAUCAAAUUUCCCUUUGUGGAAAGAAAGGAGAUGUUUACAACCAGCUAAUGUGUAGUGAGAACCAUGAGUAUUUUCCAGCCCACUAUAAGAGCAUUUAAAUUACAAAGUUGUUGGGGUGAUUUUUUGUGAUGGUGUGUUUUUGUUUUUUGUGGGGGUGGUGUUGGGGUAUUUUGUGGAUUUGGGGUUUUUUGUUUUUUCCUUUUUAGCAAGUUGUAGUGUAACCUGCAAGGUGAACUUGAUAUGCACCGAUGUAAAAAUGUAAUUUUUCUUUUAACAGUUAGUUAGAGGAAAGCUUGGGAGUGUUUCAUACUGUAACUUGUGACUUGCAGGCUUUGGUUUAACUGAUGGCCUGGGUAAACCUUAACAUGUGACUUUUUAAUCUUAAAAUGAUGGAUUUGUUAUAUAGUAGUUUGCACAGAUGUCAAAUUUUUGCUGCUAAUAUUUAGUCCAAUUGUUUUUAGUAAAUGGGGAUAUGAAGAAUUGCCUUAAGCACUUUAGAUUUUUUUUUAGACUGUUUUUUCUGAACUAGUGUCUCUCCAGUACCCAUCAUCACAGGGAGAUGAGCGACACCACACUGCUCCCAGUGAUGCUUUUUGUUGCAGUUGGCGUAGGGUUUGUGCCUGCAGCUGGGAUGCGUGGAGCCCGUGGAGUUACCUUUUUUCUUUGUGAAUCCACUUUUGAGGGAUUUGGAAAGGAGUGGCUCAUGGCAGUGGAUUAGAUUUUUCGAAGGUCUGUAGUUCAAUCCACCAGGCUUAUUUACUGUUAAUUACUCUGGAGCUGAUACUGCAUGAUGGCUAAACAGGAGUCUUCUGCUCUAUGACCAAAAGGAGAUGCUUAAUUUUUUUUUUUUUCUUUUUAAGUAGUGACUGCUGGUAUCGUGAAGUUUUUAACUACGAAAGACUGACUUUUGAGGAGCUAAAGGUUUUCCUUGAGGUACUAAUAAAUCACAUGAGGGUAGCUGCCUUUGUCCUGUGGAAAAAUAAGGAGAACUGUGCUAAGUGCAGCUAGGAAUGUCAGUGUCAGACAGAAAAAUUAAACAAAACAACAACACAACCAUCCAGGGGAUAUAAAUGCUUCCUCAAAUAUCAAACAGGCAGGACAGAAGUGGCAGGUUUAUUUAUUAGAAAUGCAGGAAAAGGAGAGGUUACUGUACAAAUCCUGUUUCCUUGCCCCUCCCCACGUUUCAGACGAAGGCCAGGGGAGCCACCAGGGAGUGUGUUGGGCUUGUCCGUGUUUUUAUUUUGAGGACUACGGGGUGGUGGAUGGACGCUGACCGUGACUUGUGUUGAUGUCGUGCCCCAGAGUCGCUGUUUUUGAGUGUCCUGUGGCAGGGCCAGCCUGGUCGUGGGUUGCCUUCGCAGCAGUUUCGGGCGGUCGCGACCAUCCCUGGGCCGCACCGCGGCAUCCCUGCCCUGAGACCCCCGGCAUGGAGGGGAGGGGGGGAGGUGCCGUCCGUGUGUGACGCGAUGUUUUGUACUAAUACAGAAAUCUGCAACCCUG